AUGGUUUUCCCUCUGAUUCUCUGUGGGAUUUUACUUCACAUCUCAGAUGAAGCUGUAAUGCAUGCACUGAAUGUCGGAGUGAAAUCUGGAUCACCUGUAAAUAUUCCCUGUCUAUAUGAUAAAAAACAUAACGAAAACCGUAAAUACUGGUGUAAGGGGACAUAUUGGAUUUCGUGUGAAAUAUUGGCAUAUACAAAUGAGACAGGAGAAUAUUCCCUCACUGAUUAUCCAGCCCAGAGUAUUUUUACAGUGCAGUGGAAGAAUCUGCAGACCUCAGACUCUGGAUAUUACUGGUGUGCUGUUGAGAUCGGUGGCACAGACGCCGGUUAUUAUUUGUAUCUGACGGUGCAGUCAGCUCCUGAUGUGUCUGUGGUGAGCAGCAGUGUCUCUGGACAUGAAGGUGGUGAUAUCAGUGUUCAGUGUCUCUACAGUUCUGGAUAUCAGAAUAAAGUCAAACAGUGGUGCAGAUAUAAAGAUCAGAGCUGUUACACAGUGGGGAGGACUGACACAUCCCAGAAUUCAUCAGUGCAGAUCAGUGAUGAUGAUGGGAGAAGAUCCUUCACUGUGCUGAUGACUGGACUGAGACGGACUGAUUCUGGCUGGUACUUCUGCUCUGUAGGAGAUCUGCAGGUUCCUGUUCAACUCACAGUCACUGAACCCAAAAGAGCUCCUGAUGUGUCUGUGGUGAGCAGCAGUGUCUCUGGACAUGAAGGUGGUGAUAUCAGUGUUUAGUGUCUCUACAGUUCUGGAUAUCAGAAUAAAGUCAAACAGUGGUGCAGAUAUAAAGAUCAGAGAUGUUACACAGUGGGGAGGACUGACACAUCCCAGAAUUCAUCAGUGCAGAUCAGUGAUGAUGAUGGGAGAAGAUCCUUCACUGUGCUGAUGACUGGACUGAGACGGACUGAUUCUGGCUGGUACUUCUGCUCUGUAGGAGAUCUGCAGGUUCCUGUUCAACUCACAGUCACUGAACCCAAAAGAGCAUUUACAACUAUUCCAGCAACUGCACCAUCUGACUCGGAGGCAGACAUGUAGGUGAAACAUACUUGAGCAUUUAAAAAAUCAGUCACAUCCAAUACUGUUCUAGCCAGAACAUUUUAAUGUGACAUCACAAAAGUAAAAAUUAAAAGGGCAAAACAUUGAAAAGGCAAAAACUUUCAGUUUAGGUGCAUAUGAAUAAUAAACAGUAAAGUGAUGUACAGCCAAGUAUGGUGACCCAUCCUCAGAAUUUGUGGUCUUCAUUUAACCCAUCCAAAGUGCACACACACAGACCUGUGGCCAGCCAUUUAUGCUGCACUACUCAGGGUUCAGUGCCCUCCUCAAGGGCACCUCAGUAGUGGUAUUGCCAGCCUGAGAUUCAAACCCACAACCUUAAGAAUAGGAAUCAAACUCUCUAACCACUAGGCCACGACUUCCCCAGCAGCUGUCACACAGAAUUUAUCAGACUGAAUGCCUUUAUCAGACUGCUUAGAAACA